AUGGCAGCAGCACACAAGUCCAAUGAAUACGUGGAUGAUUCGGGAUCAGAGUCAGAUGGAGAAAUUGAGUUCCAACCCCCAAAACAUUUCCAUAAAUCAAAACCAGCAUCAAGUGUAAAAAUACAGAAUGAUAAAGAAAUCUGGUUGAUUAAGACACCAAAAGGGUUUCCAUUGAAGAAUUUGAAGACUUUGCCAGUCUCAUUCACCGCUACGUCUAUUUCUAACGGACCAUCCCGUUUCAAUUUGAAUCAGAAAAAUUUUCAGGUCAACGAAGAGUUGUUAGGUACCGACACGGAAAGCUCGAAGUAUGCGGUGCUCACGAACGAAAACAAGAAGAACUUCAAGAUAGUGGGUCAAGAUAUCAGCCGUUUUUACAACAUACGUGAAUCGGUGGAUAUUCCGUCUAUUGCGAUGGACGAGGUUGUCAAGCCAAGAAAGAACAUUAAGGAGAUCAAGAACUUGAGGAUGAGACAUUUCCCUACUGGCUACGGAGCUGAAGAUUUUGACGAAGCCAAGCCUCAAGGAGGUGAUGUGAACGCCAGUGAUACCGAUAGCGAAGAUGAUGGGAAAAUAGUCAAGAAGGCCAAGAUAGAAGAAAAGUCAAAGAGUGAUAAGAAGGACAAGAAGGAGAAGAAAGAGAAGAAGGAAAAGAAAGAGAAGAAGGAGAAGAAGAGUAAGAAAGAAAAGAAAGAUAAGCACCAUUAA